GACUCUAUGAUUCUAAUACCGAGCCCAGGAGCAGUCAAGCUACCCAGGUGACCUUGGCAGAGGAGCAGAGCAUGAUCCUGGCUGUGAUGUUGACCAGCCUGUUCGAUUAGCAUAUUCCUGUCAAACAAUCCAUUUCCUUACCAUGCCACCAAAGUCUAGGGUAGUGGAGACCCAGGAACUUCCCAGGGAUCCUCUCCAAACAGAACAGAUAGCCAUUACUGCAUUUCCUUAUAAGCCUUCUAAGACCCUACUGAAUUUCCUGAAGGGGGAGCCGAAGAUGAUGGGGGUUUUCCAGAUUUUGUUGGGUCUUAUUAUCACUGCCAUGGGGUACAUUUUAUGGCACAGCGUCAACAGACUUCACCUUGAAAAGAAGCAUCCUGUUAUCUUUGUCACGGGUUAUCCAUUCUGGGCAGGAGCAUGUUACGUUAUUACAGGAUACUUCACAAUUCUUAAUGAAGUAAAACAUCCUCGCUGGAUGCGCUUCAGUCUAUGCCUGGGCGUGGUGAGCACCCUAGUGGCUGCAGCGGGGAUUGCUAUCAUUCUUUACAGCUUCCAUGAAGACAACUAUUUCCAUUGUCGGGUUCCCACCAAGUCCGGCAUAUGUGCUAUUGGGAGAACGCUCUUUCUAGGAGUGUUGGCUCUGAUACUGUUCCUCACUAUUGCAGAAUUGUGCAUCACGGUGACAGUCUUAGCCUUUAAGACCAAUGUGAUAUGGAGAAAUGCCAAAGAGGUUGUGUUUUUCCUGCCUUCUGAAAGCAAGGAACCUGGACAUCAUGAAGAGGAAAGACAGUUCCAGUUCCAGAUUCAGGCAAACCCUGCUGGCCAAAAUGAGAAGGAGCUCUCUCUCUCCUUAAUUGGGGAUUAUACUUUCUAAAGCCCUGUAGCCUUCCUGCCCCUCCCGUUUAUAUAUCCCCUGUCUCAUUCUCCUCUUUCCCCUUUCUUUUUUCCUUCCCCCCAAAUUAGAGGAAGAACCCAGAGAAAGUCUCUCUCUACCAAUUAAAUUCACUUGGAGAAUUUAUAAAAGUUCCCCCUUCCUACAGCAGAAGUUCACUCAGGGAAUCCAUUCUAAAUCACCUUUCUCCAGGUCAAUUUCAACAAGAUGAUGCACAUGCAUUCCCUCUUUCUUUGUUCCAAGAUCACUGAAAGAAUGUAAUGAAGUUCUACCACCUUCUGGCCCAAAUUCACCAAGAGAAUUCUUCUGAGGUCCCACUUCCUCUGGUUCAAAGAGAGAAGCCUUCCCAGUUCCACCUUUCUCUAGGUCAAGGAGAGAAUCCUUAGGUCAUAGUUUUUCCAAUUCAAGGUCAUUGAGAGUAUCCACUAAAGUCCCCCUCUUCCAACCUUUCCUCUGAAGCAAGUUCAUGGAUAGAACAUGAAUAGAGCAUUUUACUCUAAAGAUACCAAGCCACAUAGCAGAGAAAAACAUAUUUUAACCAUUUCAGUUUGAUGUCAUUCCCUGCAGUUCCCAGAUUUAGUGACUAUGUGAAAAAAUUCAAAACCAAAAGCUAAAGGAUGUGGAGGGUCCCCCCAUGAAAGAACUGGGUCCCAUUUUCUGUUGUUGGCCCAGGUUCCAAUGAAUGGAAAACCUGGGCAUUGCCUACAUAUACCUAAGUGCUAUCAAAGUGAUGAGGGUAGGCCUGGGUCCUUCCUGUGAUAAAGGGUCAACCCUGGCAAUAGAGAAAGGAAAAUCUUAUUCAGAGAGUGUUUACAGAAAUGAUCCCAAAGAGGAAUGGAAUAGAAAGAGGACAUAGAAGAGGGUUCUGGUAUUCUGGUGGGUUUUUAUAAGCCAUCAAAGAUUUAUUUGCUUUUUUUUUCUGCUUUCAAAUCCCCAAGCACCAGAAAAGAGCCAGCAUAAAAAUCAGUAUGAAAAGUUUAAGGAGUCACCCAGUGUGCUCAAGGAAUUAGCCCUUCAGAGGCUUCAGAGAGGAGAACCUUCUAUAAGUAAUACACAAAGAGGAAAAUGAAACCAAGCCAAACCAGGCUCCUCUGUAUUGGGAGGAACAUUUUUUCUUCCCCUGAGUGCUUCUAACAACUCUGAAGUCCUCCCCUGCUCCCCAGCACCCAUGGAAUGAGUCCCUGAUUUUGAAUAAUUACUUUUGCAAAUACAUCUUUUGCCUCA